AUGAAUGCGCUUGGCUGGAAAAGCAGUGGAUCAGGCAAAAAAUUAUGUAAGAUUGGCCAGGAUAUGUAUGGGCUAUCAGGGUUGGGUAGUGUAUCGAAGUGCAAAGGUGAGAGAACAGGGAAAACAGUAUUAUACUCCACAAUUUGGUCAAUAAAAUUGCUGCAUUUAUGUGUCACUGCAAUUUUGGCCACUAUUGAUGAGACACUCCACUAUGGCAUCAUAGCAGUGCUAUUUGACACUAUUGAUAACUAUGCUGACUGUCCAGAGAGUAGAAGUUUUUAG